CAUGAUGUUACGAUCGCUGGUAUUGGCACUGUCUUGGACAGUGGCUUCGGCCUUUACGCACCAGAGUACCUUUUGGGGCCGCACGGCGGCGACGAACAGUCGAAUCCUAUCCCUAUCUCCACCAACAGAUGCUUCGUCGUCAGCGCUGUGUAUGAAGUACACGCUAGUGUUGGUUCGUCACGGAGAGUCGACUUGGAACAAGGAAAAUCGAUUCACUGGUUGGGUUGACUGCCCCUUGAGCGAGGCCGGUGAAGAGGAAGCCCACAAAGGAGGACAGCUUUUGCGAGAGGGGGGCUAUCACUUUGACAAGGCCUACACCUCUACUUUAAAAAGAGCGAUCAAAACGCUAUGGAUUGUGCUCGAAGAAAUGGAUCUCAUGUACCUCCCCAUUACUAAUAAUUGGCGACUGAACGAACGUCACUACGGAGCCUUACAGGGCCUAAACAAGCAGGAAACUGUCGAUAAACACGGUAAGGAUCAGGUGUUGGAGUGGCGGCGGUCGUACGAUAUUCCACCACCAGAUAUUGAUGAAGAUUCGGAGUACUUUCCCGGCAACGAUCCCAUGUACAAGGAUGUGCCGAAAGAAGACUUGCCAAAGGCCGAGUCGUUGAAGCUGACGGAAGAGCGCUUUAUGAGCUGGUGGGAAGAUACGCUAGUUCCCGAAAUCAAAUCGGGCACAAAAAUUCUCAUUGCGGCUCACGGGAACACACUCCGGGCCUUGGUCAAGCACUUGGACAAUAUUUCCCCCGAAGAUAUCACCGGUCUGAAUAUUCCGACAGGCGUUCCGCUCGUUUACGAGCUGGACGAAGAACUCAAACCUAUUCCGCACAAGGAUGCGAUUGCGCCGUUAUCAGGACAUUAUUUGGGAGACCAGGAGGAAGUUCGAAAUCGCAUUGGAGCCGUUGCAGCGCAAACGAAAUAGUCAAACAAGGAAAAUAUAUUUCGCAUUUUGUCUGUGGCUGUUAGAACUCCAUUUACAGCUGCUGAUCAAACUAAAUCGUUAAACAAGGAAAGUUUUCCUAG